UGUCAAAAUAUGUCUAUGCUAAUAGGCUACUUGUAAAAUAUAGUCGCAGACAGAUAUAAGCACGCAUAAUAGCUAAUAACAAUACUCUUGCUUAAGGUUUAUUUGCCUCUGACUCUUGUUACUAUUGUGAUUUAUAUAUAGCAAAUGAAAGUAAAAGUGUGUUAUGACCGGGGUGGAUCCCAUCCUGUUUAGUUAAAUUUAUGGAAAGUUUUCCUCUCCGCCGUGGACACAUCGCGCUCUGCUGUAUCGCUUCCUCUGGUGCAGGAAGUUUCCUAUCUUGAAGAAAACAAAGGUUUAUUCUUCUUGCUGUUCUUCUUCGACUAAUAUUUCUCUUUGAUCUCAAACAUAAAGAUGGGCACAUUUGAAGACGAUUGUAUAAUAACUCAGGAGGACCUAGAGGGACUUAGGGAAUCCAUAUCUAAUCAGGAUCUUCCAUCAGCAAUAAACACAAUCAAGGACUACCUGAAACAACAAGAUCUUGUGGAGCUUAAUGUUGGUGUGACAGGGGAGUCUGGAUCUGGAAAGUCCACCUUUGUCAAUGCUUUCAGGGGCUUAGGGGAUGAAGAUGAGGGUGCCGCCGCUACGGGUGUAGUGGAGACCACCAUGGAUCCCGAAGUUUUCCUUCACCCAAAAUACAAAAAUGUAAAAGUGUGGGAUCUCCCUGGAAUAGGAACACCAAACUUUAAAGCAAGCGAGUACCUUCGACAGGUUCAGUUUGAACGCUAUGAUUUUUUUAUCAUCAUUGCUUCAGAUCGAUUCAAAGAAUGUCACACCCAGCUGGCCAAAGAGAUCAUGAGAAUGGGGAAGAAGUUUUACUUUGUUCGGUCCAAGAUUGACUGUAGCAUUAUUGCUGAAAAGAGGAAAAAGAACUUUGACCUGAAAAAGACGCUGGAUACCAUCCGAGAGGAUUGUAAAAAUGGGCUAAAAAUGUUUGGCAUUGAAAACCCUGAUGUUUUCUUGAUUUCUGGUUGGGAGAUGGGCAAGUAUGAUUUAAAUCUGCUGCAGGAGAGGAUGGAGAAAGAGCUUCCACAGCAUAAGAGACACGUGCUGAUGUUGGCUAUACCGAAUAUAACGCUGGAGAUUAAUGAGAGAAAGAAGAAAGCCCUGGAGGAAAACAUUCCCAGGGUAGCCCUCCUGUCUGCUGGCUUGGCUACAAUUCCUCUUCCUGGUCUUUCGGUUUUUGCUGAUUUAGCCAUUGUAAACAAUGAGGUACAGAGGUACUAUAGUGCCUUUGGUCUGGAUGAUCCAUCCCUACAGAUGCUUUGUGAAAGAUCUGGAAAGACCAUAGAGGAACUGAAGAACGUCAUGAAGUCACCACUGCAUCUUGGGAUAAACCCAACCACAAUCAUAAGCUUGCUGGGCGCUGCAUCAUUGUAUGUUUCAGAAAAUGCAGUUGAAUACGUUUGUAGUCUCGUACCUAUACUUGGCACUGUGGUGGCAGGAGGGAUGUCUUAUUUGACUAUCUCAAAAAUGCUAAAGAAAGCUUUGGAUGAAUUGGCUGAAGAUGCCAAGAAUGUGCUGAUGGCUUCACUGGAGACUGAAGUGUAAUAAAAUGAUACAUACUUACACAUUAUCUACUGUACAU